UGAAAUUCCUAAAUCCCUAACUUCACGUCUUCACUCUCCGUCUCUGGCGAGUGCCGACUGCUCCGCGCCUCUCCGGCUCUCCGCCGUCCGCAGCUCAUCGACGAAGCUCCCGGCCGCUCGAGAGCGAAAAGGGUAUACCUGUAGUGAGGCGGAGAAUCUCAUUUGAGUGAUAGAGAAGAAUGGCGCCUGUUCUGCAAAGUUCUCAGCAAUGGGUGGAGAAAUACCGACCGAAGCAAGUGAAAGAUGUAGCUCACCAAGAUGAGGUUGUUCGAGUCCUCACAAACACACUUGAGACUGCUAAUUGCCCGCACAUGCUGUUUUAUGGCCCUCCUGGCACUGGCAAAACAACAACUGCUCUUGCCAUUGCUCAUCAGCUUUUCGGGCCUGAAAUGUAUAAGUCGAGGGUGUUGGAACUUAAUGCUAGUGAUGACCGUGGUAUAAAUGUUGUUCGCACAAAAAUAAAGAAUUUUGCUGCUGUUGCUGUUGGUUCUGGUCACCAAAGUGGCUAUCCUUGCCCACCUUUCAAGAUCAUAAUCCUUGAUGAAGCAGAUUCAAUGACUGAAGAUGCUCAGAAUGCUUUGCGACGCACUAUGGAAACGUACUCCAGAGUUACAAGAUUCUUCUUUAUUUGUAAUUACAUCAGCAGGAUCAUAGAGCCACUUACUUCUAGAUGUGCCAAAUUUAGAUUCAAGCCACUUACAGAAGAAAUUAUGAGCAGCCGCAUACUACACAUUUGCAAUGAGGAAGGUCUUAACUUGGACUCAGAGGCUCUUUCAACCCUCAGUACUAUCUCUCAAGGUGAUCUACGUAGGGGUAUAACAUACUUACAAAGUGCUGCUCGCUUGUUUGGAUCAUCUAUUUCAUCCAGGGAUUUGAUAACUGUUUCUGGGGUAAUCCCAGAGGAAGUUGUUCAUGCAAUAUUUUCAGCUUGUAAAAGUGGCAACUUUGACUUAGCAGACAAAGAAGUGAAUAAUGUAAUAGCAGAAGGAUAUCCAGCUUCUCAGAUGCUUUCCCAGCUAUAUGAUUUAGUUGUUGAAGCAGAUGACAUAUCUGAUGAACAGAAAGCAAGAAUAUGCAAGAAAUUGGGAGAAACAGAUAAGUUUCUUGUAGAUGGAGCAGAUGAAUAUUUGCAGCUUUUGGAUGUUGCAAGCAUCACUAUGCAAACACUUUGCAACAUGCCGCAGGAAAUGACCUACUAGAGUAGGAUGGCUAGGGUUAUGAUAGUGGUUCAUGUCAAUUAGAUGUUGUAAAUUAACACUUGGUCUGUUUUGUUUGUGAAAGUAUUGUGUGACGUGUUCUUGAAUGCUUUAAUUAGAGUGUUUUUAUGCAAGUAGAUGUAAGAUGUUUUUGCCCUGACAUGAGACUAGAUGUUUAGUUCAUUGAUUAAAAUCCAGCUAAUUUACUUUGAAUGGCA